GUGGAACCGGAUGAACCGGUGUUUCGGAUUAACUGGUGACCAACUUCAUUUAGCGUCUGUCGCAACUGCAGAAGUUGAAAUCAAAAUUACAAAAGGUGCAGCAAUUUUAAAUGUUAUUAUAAAUUCGCUUUAAUGCAGUUUUUCAGAACACAACUCUGUUGGAUUUUCAACUUCUACUGUUACAAGCGGCAACAACAACGGAAACUGGAGGAAAUUGGUCACCAGUGAACAGGGAUGUCAGGUCCUCCGAAACACCGCCCCAAGAGCAGCAGUGGACAGAUGGCGAAAGUGGAGCUGACGCCGCUCAGGUCGUGGGAUGACUUCUUCCCCGGAUCGGAGAGAUUCGGCAAACCAGACGUGAAGGACCCGGCCAAGUGGGGAAACCGGGUCGUCAGCAACCUUCUGUACUACCAGACGAACUACCUGGCCCUGGCCGUGGCCGUGUUCCUCAUCGUGGGGUUCCUGAACCCCCUGGGGAUGUUCACGGCCAUAGCCGUGGUGUCGGCGGUCUUCCUGGGCUCGGUGUGGGCCGGGGACAACCGGGCCGCCAUCAGCAACUUCAAGAGGCAGAACCCCACGGCGUUCGUGGGCGUCGUCAUGGUUUCCAGCUGCCUCCUGAUCUCCAUGCUGGGCAGCGUCAUGGUGUUCAUGUGGGCCGUCACCCUGCCUCUGGCCCUGAUUUUCGCUCACGCCUCUUUUCGACUCCGCAACAUGAAGAACAAGCUGGAGAACAAGAUCGAAUGCGCCGGGCUGAAGCGGUCCCCCAUGGGCAUCCUGCUGGAGGCCCUGGACCAGCAGGAGGACAACUUCCAGAAGAUCCAGAGCUUCGUGGAGGGAAAGCUGAAGGAGUGACCGGACUGUAGGAA